ACAAAACCCAAGAGCAUCAGUACACAAACAGUCCACAAGCGGUUAGCAUUCAAGAUGUCAAGAGUAAUCAGUCUGCUGAUCGUGCUCGCGAUGGUGGUGUACGCGCUGGAAGCAGCCCACUGUCACCACUCAGGCCCCCACCCGCACCCACCACGUGACGGCCCUUUUGGAAGUGGUGAUGGCGGUGAUGGAUCUGGUGAUGGCGGUGCUGGAUCUGGUGAUGGCGGUGCUGGAUCUGGUGAUGGAUCUGGUGCUGGAUCUGGUGAUGGAUCUGGUGAUGGCGGUGCUGGAUCUGGUGAUGGCGGUGCUGGAUCUGGUGAUGGAUCUGGUGAUGGAUCUGGUGCUGGAUCUGGUGCUGGAUCUGGUGAUGGAUCUGGUGAUGGCGGUGCUGGAUCUGGUGAUGGAUCUGGUGAUGGCGGUGCUGGAUCUGGUGAUGGCGGUGCUGGAUCUGGUGAUGGAUCUGGUGAUGGAUCUGGUGAUGGAUCUGGUGCUGGAUCUGGUGCUGGAUCUGGUGAUGGAUCUGGUGAUGGCGGUGCUGGAUCUGGUGAUGGCGGUGCUGGAUCUGGUGAUGGAUCUGGUGAUGGAUCUGGUGCUGGAUCUGGUGCUGGAUCUGGUGAUGGAUCUGGUGAUGGCGGUGCUGGAUCUGGUGAUGGCAGUGCUGGAUCUGGUGAUGGAUCUGGUGCUGGAUCUGGUGCUGGAUCUGGUGAUGGAUCUGGUGAUGGCGGUGCUGGAUCUGGUGAUGGAGGUGGCCCCAGCUCUGAAGAAAGUGAUGAUGUUGGGUCAUCAGCCAGUGGAAACGUCAGUGAUCCACCGAAUUCUUCACAGCAAGCGUCUACAAGUGAAAGCUCAAGCCCCGCCGGUAAUUAAAAGGUUAACAUCCUUACCUUAACUCAGAAAUGAGUUACUGUACUGAAUAAAAGUUGUUCACUGAAAAUAAA